AGUUGCCCCACCAGUUGUAGAACCGCGUACUAGGGAGAGCGCGCAUUUUUACAGCAAGGCGCGGCACAAAAGCAGGUACCUGGUAGCCAGCAGGCAGGCAGACAGGCGUAGUCGUGGUCAAUAAUCAAGGUUGAUCGUCUAUUAUUCGGACGUAGUUUGCAAGGAGAACCCUAGACUGGUUGCGACAGUUCAAGAUCGUCCAUCGUGCGUGAAUCGUUCCGCAAACGUUUAGAUCUUUCUCAAUGUGUACCCAGCGAAGCAGAGGAUCGAGUUAUUUUCUGGAUCCUAGUCACUCACGGAAGACGGUUGAUCGGGCUCUCUUGACUCGUACGACAGAAGCGUUCCGAGGGAGGGAAGUCUUCUUGGGGAAUAGGAGAAUGGAUUGAUACGGCACCGGAGGGCAUCAAUGGUGUGACGCUCGAUCCGAAUUUGAUGUUUGCUCGGUAUUAUUUUUCUAUAUGAGUUAUUCUUUUGGAGAUUUAAGAAAUAGGACAUUGUGCGCUUCCCCCAAACUCCGGGCCAUGAAGGAUGUCGCGCUUGAUCGGAGGUUGAUGUUCAUCUCUGUAUCAUUCCUUCAUGAUCACAAGCUGUUUGGACCAUGAGGCUCAAUAGGACACAACUUGUUGCAUUUGGACAAAGUUCCAACACAUUCUCAAUGUCGAGCCUCUACAGAAAUCACAACAUGGGCUCAUAGUCGCAAUCACGUUCACGCGGUCGAGUUUCUCUUUCCCUUUUGUUGGGUUUGAAAUAAGCGAGAGAUAGGGGUCCAACCUUAGGCAAUGCUCUUGGUAUCGUUUGACAUUCUCCGAUCUGCAUGUGUGAAUGGAACAUCUGAACUGAACCUCCGCACAUCUCGACAAUGAGAAGCGGAUUUGGUUCUCAUCGAUGUUCCGGAUUAUGGAGUCGCUAAUCUGAAGGCCGGGCAUAGUAAGCGUAUUGCAUCAUUUUACCAGCGGAGAGCACUAAAAGUCAGGGGAGUAAAUACUUGUAGCGACCACAUGGUGAUGCAAUUGCGAUCGUCAUCGACGGUGCAUGCAAUGAAUAGAGGACUGGCUACAAGGAAGCGAGUCCAAGAUGUGCGCGCAGGCCAGGAUUCAACAGUCGAGAAUCAUGAACGAACAGUACAAAAAAGGAAGAUUCAAACCAGGUUUGAGGCCAGUGCAAAAAGUAAAAUCGCUCCGACUAACCCACGGUCAGUAUCGGGGGCAGGAUGUGGAAUCUUGUGCAAUGCUUUCCGCGGUGGAGAAGACGAGAAGAUUCUGCGCAGCGCAAGUCCGUAGGAUCCUCGGAGACUCUGUCGUACAGAAAGAUAAUAAAUCGGCAACGGAGAAAGGGUGCGGAAUUGGGAUCUCGAAGGAGAGUGGGCGUGCUACGGGACGGGAUCCGAGUGACCUCGGACUGAAAAAGGGAAAAGCAGUGGUCCGAGAGCACUCCAAGGCACUGGGAAAUCGGUGGGGCCGAGCCUCCAAGGGCACGGGAACGGUGGCCAGGGCUCAUAAUGACGCGAGGAAAUAAUCUUUCUGCUUUAGCGAUUCUUUCUCUCCUCCGCUGCUCUGCGUCCAUGGAGGCCAGUCGCUCCACCUUUUCGAGGGCAGACUCCGUAGCCGGUUCUCGGUAAAGUCUCCCAAAAGAUGGGACAUUAACUUUCACCCGGCCGGCGCCCGUCGGCAAGAAUGACUCGCUUUCGUGCGGAGCUCCCUCGUUACCGCCCGCGGUAUGACUGCUGGCUCGGCCUACACUAGAGCCUACUGCGCUGCCUGCAGUCGGUACGACUGGCAUGGUUGUUGUAGGACCGCCAGAAAGCGCGAGGGGGCUACCACGUUUUCGCCUUUCUGCCUGGGCAGUCGAGUCGGAUCCUGCCACGCGGGACCGAGUGCGAGCCGGGGAAUCCCGUCCGUCAUUUAGCCGGCUGGAUUCCGACCUCGGUGACCGGCCUCGAUACUACUGCGACGACUUCUACCGCGGCAGUAAGAACUCCCAGGCUGCAGCAUCCAAUUGAAGGAGGCGCAGGCGGAGUGAGGCGCGGGUGGGAGCCAUUGGACCGUUGAGGAAGGAGGCGGACCGCGGAGCCGAUUCGGUAGAGGUGGAGGAGGGAGGUUUACAGCCACCGAGCACACGCAGAAAUGGUUUCCUUUUUCUGACACUGGAGGCUCCGCGAGGCACCGAGCCGAUUGGAAUUGGCAAGCGCUGGAUUUUCCAAACUGGCAAGCAUAUCGCGCACAGCUGGCGAGGUGGCGAGCGUCGCAGCGCCUAGAACAGUGGCGAGAGAAGGUGAUCAUCGCUCGGGAGGUGGGGUGGCGGGGUCCACGUCCCCUCCAGCGGCCGCCUACGUGUCUUUCCUCUAACCUGGACGAUUCAGG